CCGCCUGCGGAGCGCUGGGAGCGGCAGCGGCGCGGCAUGGCCGGCUGAGGCGGGCGGGAGCCGCCGCCGCCCGGCGCCGCUCCCCGGCCGCUCGCGGUGGGUGAAGGAGCGCCUGGACGUGCGAAUGAAUGAAUGAAUGAAUGGCGGAGCGCCGCGCCGCAGCAUGAGGCGCCGGCCGAAGACCGCGCCUGGGCUCGCCCUGCUCUGCCUCGCCGCUCUCCUGGCCGCCGUCGCCGCCGGGCUGCCCUCCAGCGUCGCACCGCCUCCCGAGCCCGGCAGCGGUAGCGGCGGCCCAUCUGAGGGCAGCCCCGGCACCACGCUGCCAGCUCGGCCCCGCGGCACCGCCGUGCCAGCCCGGGGCAGCGCUUCUCCGCCGCCGCCCCCGGAGGAGGAGGUGGAGGAGGUAGAGGUAGCGGUGGAGGAGGAAGAGGAGGAGGUGGAGGUGGCUGCGAGCAGCGGCCCCACAGGAGACCUGUGCAACUGCAGCGCUGUGGGGAGCAUCAGCACCACCGAAUGCAACACCACAACAGGGCAGUGCCCCUGCCUCGAAGGCUACACUGGGCUGCAGUGCCAGAGCUGUGCCCAGGACUUCUACCUGGAGCUGCAGAGCCAGCGGUGCCAUCCCUGCGGCUGCAACCCCGCCGGCUCCACCACCGCCCAGUGUGACGACUCUGGGCAGUGCCAGUGUAAAGUUGGUGUCACAGGCCUGAAGUGUGAGCAGUGCAGUGAUGGCUACUACAGGUUCAACGAGACCAGCUGCGAGCCCUGCCAGUGCAACAACCACUCCAAAACCUGUGACCGCGCAACAGGCACCUGCCUGCACUGCCAGGAAAACACGGAGGGACAGCACUGUGAGCUCUGCAAGGAGCGCUUCUACAGGAGCGCCCACCCUGUGCACGCCUGCCACCGCUGCCCGUGCUCCACCGUGGCAUCCACCGGCACCUGCCGAAUCCUGCCUGGUGAAACCGCCCCGAGGUGUGACCAAUGCAAAACUGGCUACACUGGCCUGAACUGCAACCAGUGUGACAAUGGCUACUAUAACUCUGACAGCAUCUGUGUGAGGUGUAAAUGCAACGGGAACGUGGACCCCGUGAGGUCGCCCAGCGUCUGCAAGCCGGAGAGCGGGGAGUGCAUCGGCUGCCUCUACCACACGGCUGGCUUCCACUGCGAGCGCUGCGAGGACGGCUACAUCCGAGACCCCGAGGGCACCAACUGCACCAAGAAAGAAGCCACUCUUGCCCCAGAAACAAAAGAGUUCACAACUUCUGCUCCAAAUGCCAGCAAGGCAACAUCGUUUCCAACAGCAGUGACAAACAGCACGUUCUCACCAGCGACUAUCCAGACUCUAUUUCCUCUCAGUUCCUCUGACAACAGCACCUCUGCUUUUGCAGACGUGUCAUGGACUCAGUUUAACAUCAUUAUUUUGACAGUCAUCAUCAUCGUUGUGGUCCUGCUGAUGGGCUUUGUGGGUGCUGUCUACAUGUACCGUGAGUAUCAAAACAGGAAACUGAAUGCUCCUUUUUGGACCAUUGAACUCAAAGAGGACAACAUCAGCUUCAGCAGCUACCAUGACAGCAUACCCAACGCUGAUGUUUCGGGGCUGUUGGAAGAUGAUGGCAAUGAAGUUGCGCCCAACGGACAGUUGACUCUGACGACUCCCAUGCAUAAUUACAAAGCUUAGAAGCAGUGCUCCAGCUAUUCCAGAGUUGGCUUGAAGAAGUUACAGGGCUUAUGGAGGGGGUAUCAGGAUCCAUGCCAAGGCUCCAUGCAGAAGAAUCUGCUGUUCAGAUACUCUUAUGCUGGGCAUGCCGUAGCUUGCAGGUGAACAGAUAAAAAUGUAGUACACCCGAGUUUCAGGUAAUAUGGUGAAAUGUGUUCAGUGUCCUGUUCUCCAUAGAAGUCACUGUUGUUACAGACUUGGUUUUGCUGAUCUGAAAAUGCUGAGGGGUUUGUUUGAUGAAGAGUUGGUGGGGUGGAGAAAGCAGUACCCUGUGAUUCAUCAGAAGCUAUUUGAUUUCCAGCCAACCUAACGCUUACGUCUGUGUCUUUUAGUUUGACAAGUAGCUCAUGAAUUAACAGUGGAUUUUCAGGAAACAGACCUUUUAAAGGCUUCAUAUUAGUUCCUGAUAGAAAUUUGUUUGGAAAGGAGGACAAAAAAGUGAAAUAGUUGUUCACUGUACUACCAAAAGGCAGGUAGAGGAGUGGGUUGCACACUUGACAAAAGUCACCAUUAUCAGUUUCCAUUAAGUAGGGAAACAGAGGGGAAAAAAAUAAUCAUGACAAUAAUGUAGUUAAGGAAGAGACAAAGCUUUUCCCUUUCUAUUUAUACAGGGUGAUGAUGCUAUUCAAACAUAGCAAUCCAAUAUUUUUCUUUUCUAGAAGGAGUUAAUGAACUUGUAUAGUUUCUGUGCAAGGGAAGACGACAAAUGACAUCUCAGGGUUGCCGUGUAAAAAAUAAAAGCUAGGCUUAAUACCUUACCCUGAUAGAAAUGGUGUGUUCUGUAUAUAAAAUGUAAUAUAUCUUCUUGGAAUUGUAUUUGUAAUUAUUUGUAAAGAAAAAAAAAAAGACAACCAACCAAAAAACCCCAACAAGAAAACCACAGCCCCCCCCCCAGCCUCACCUAGGUCCUGUUUUACCCCCUAGGUUUUAACUGUACAGCGGUUAGUGGCAUUGGUUAAAAAGAAAACCAUGAGGAGGACUGUUGAAAAUACUGUAAAUGAGAUGGCAAUAUUGUUGGAGCUGGGACUCUGGCAAACACCGACUGCUGGAAGCUUUUCUUCUUCUGUCGUUCAAUAACUGUCUUUUUCUAGAGGAAAUGUGAGUGCUCCUUGCUUGCAUCUGUCAAAUGUUCCCCUUCCUUUCAAUAGAGAGUGAAUGCCAGUGUUGCCAUGACCAGGGCCUGGGAUGUGUCCAAAACCAUUCAGCUACUUGCUUUUCAAUCUGUCUACAAAGAGCAAAUACACUGUCAGGAAUGCAUUGAGAGCCUGGUCUCAAUGGCUGAGCUUUUCUGAGGCUGCUGCCCAUCAGGUGAGUGGAUCUCACUGUCAUCUCUCUUGUGCUGAUACAAGGUGAUGGGAGAGAAUUGCCAGAGGGCUGAGCACAGCCUCCUGAAGGGAAAAGGCAAAACAUUCCUGGAUUUGGGUGGAAAUGGCUUUUGGACAAAGAGCUUGACAGAGCCAGCCUGUGCUUCUAUAGGCUUGGAAGCUGAAAGUGCAUGGAUGCUUUCAGGAAAUGUCUGCAGCACAAGGUGGUGGUGGGGAAUUGGCUGUCAAAAAAGCCUAGAGGGGGCUGUAGGUUGAGCAGAUUUCCUUGGGUUUAGUGGGAGGCUGGUGGGCUGUUAGCAGAAGGAGAACAACUAAUGGGCAGCACAGCACAGGGAGGUUGCACCGUGGGCUUCCUCACCGGGUCCCUGCAGACUGUGUGGGUGCCUCGAAGCAGGCACCAUGUCCUCCCUGUGCUGGAGGGCCAGCAGGUCCCACCCAUGGCAAUCAAUACCAUUGCAUUUAAGCAGGGUGUGAAACCAAUACUUCACCUAGCUCGUGACCAGCCUCAGAACUAGAGCGGCAUUGCUGUGUGUGUUGGUGCUUUGCAAGCAACUGAUGCUGAGGAUAAAUGAAGCACCUGCCUGCUUAAAGGUCAGCAGGAGCUGACUGAUGCAUCCUCAAAGCCAGGGGGAAGUAAGGAUUUCUCAAGAUGAGAAACUGUAGGAAGAGUGUGGAGAUUAUUUAUUGGCUUUCUGGUGCUGCAUGGAGGCUUUUCUUGCCAUUGAAGGCUUUGUGGGGGGAGGAAUAGGUGCUUUAAACACAAGCUCAAAAAUGCCAUUUCUGCAUCAAAAAUGUGCUGCCUGAUUUAAAGAUAAGGCAUGGCAAGUAAGAAGGAAAAUAGCUGCGGAUGACUAAGUGGGACUGUGAGGCCAGAUGUGACAUUGCACAUAGGCCAGUGGCAAGGGUCCUGUUGCCUGCUGUGGGCCUGUGUGAGAUCCCACAGCUGAGGUAAUACAUUUGGCUGAUGUCAGUCAAAGCAAAGUUACUUUUAGUUCUAAAACGGGGGAGGAGUGGAGGAGAAAAAUCUGGAUGUUGCUAAUUCUUGAGUUACUCAUCAUACUUCUAAAGAGCAAAGUGGUGGUAGAAGAGAACUGUUCCUAAGCGUUGCCAUCAUUUAGCAGUGCUGAUUUAGCGAUACACUUGCACUUGGGCACUUCAUGGGGUGGGGAGAGGUAACUUAGAAAGGUUAGCUUCUGGGACUAAUGCAAAGCCAAGGGCAUAUUGUUCACUUCAAGGUUGCCAAAAUGGUUUAGUAGACCUUGUCAUCUUUACCUCAGGGCACCUCUUCCUCAAGUUCUGGUGUGGCUGUAGGCUACUUGGUAUCAGAAGUGGGCACUGAUUUUUCUUUUGCUCUAGAGAUAAUGGCCAUCUGCAAAACCAUGGUGUGAGUUCAGAGGCUGAGCCCUUCUAGGCCGUGCCUACUGCAGCACUAGGAGGUGCCUGCAUCUGGGCUGCUUCUGACCUCCAAAUGACUCUCUACACUUGGUGUUUGAGAGAGGAGGCGGUCAGGAUGCCUUACUAUGAGUCUGUGAGGGAGGGCAGAACAGUCCUGCUGUUGUCUGUGGGUUGCACAUCUGGAUGAAUGGAUCUAGAUGACCCCAGCAGAUGUGAUGGGAAGCUUCGUUGGGCAGGGGGUAACCUGGCUGCCCAGGUUUGGGCAGCAGAGGAAAGCACAGGCUGUUCUUCAGCAGGGACUGGAGCACGGCAAGGAUGUGGCACUGGCACAGUGCUUGUCAGAUGGCAGACUGAGUCAGCAGGAAAAUGCCAGUGAUUUCCAGCAGCCAGGCCUUCAGCAUGGAGGAACAGUGCUUGUAAAAGGAGAUCAGUGGCUAGCAAAGAACGAACAAACAGCUUUGUGCUUGACUUUGGUGACAUGAGAUCAGAUCCUCCUUUCACUCUCCAUCAGUGGUGCAGCCCCUGGGCUCCACAGGAGAUGAGGAAGAAGCUGAGCUAGUUAUACUUUCAGUCAGCUUAGGGUGGCUUUGAACUGAAACACCUGUGCCAGAGUGCUAAAGGCCACCAGAGUCACCAACCUGCCAUGUGUUGUAACUUGUCAUGAAGCUUCCUAGAUGCUGUUUGCCCUGCACCACAUUGGGGUGUGGGCACAGAAACCAGAAAUGGACUUAGGAGGCUGCACUGAGGCCAAAUUCAGUAGUGAGACCAGGGGAAGGCAUCUAGGGAACCUCUAGGGCUGAUGUGGCAAUACAGAUACAUGUAGCAUUCCUGGAGGGCCACCAUGCAUCACCACCUCACUGGGCAUGCCACUAGCUAGCUGUACUGAUGUGGCUGUCAUGGAGAAAAGUAGUCGAUGGUGUGGUGCAGUGGCUGUAGAGCAUAGAGAAGGUAUGAUAAAGCAAGUGAGGGCUGGGAGAGUGUGGGCAAACCACCUCUCAAGGCAUGAUCCUUGGGGUCAUGAGGACCCUGUGGAGCCAGCUGGUCUAGAGGGGGUGAGUUCAGCACCACAGUCAAGUAACUGAAGGCAAGGGGACAGAAUGAAGUGGAUAAAGGGCAAAAAGCAAUGACGUGUCAGAGGCAUGGGGCAGCUUGGAUGGCUCACAAUUUAGGAAAGCAUUUGAUAAGCACAGAGUGCAAGAGACAUGCAAAAAAGUGAUUGGGUUAACGUGAAGAGAGGAUCUCAAAUUGUAUGAACUGCUGUAGCCAGAAAUAACUGCAUGGAGUGCUAGCCCUGGGGAGCUGUCGGGAGCUGUCAUCCUUCAGAAUGAUAAUUCCCUUGGACCAGGCUGAGCAAACUUAGCACACUGGAAUCCAUUUAGGAAAGAGGAGGGAAUGUAUUCAGCAUCCUUCAGGUAUCCUGGGCCAGUUAACCACUGCUGUGUGGUUAACUAUGUGGUCUUUAUCUUGAAUGUUAGGCGUGUGGUAUAAGUGGCAGACAGUUUGCAGAGUCUCCUUUAAAGGAAGGCUGUAAGAUUGAAUCCUAAAAAAAUAUGUUUCUCUUUAAAGUGAAGUUUUAAAAUGAGCUCCCCCAGGACUCUUGCUCUUCAUGUAUCAGAGAGAUGGGUUAAAAUAAGAAAAAAUGUGGGCCUUAAAAGUUGUUCAUGCUCUGGGCUGAAACCCAUCAGUCUGACUACACAUCCGACUAAGGCGGCUCCUCAGCACAGGCUGUGCUUACAAAUGUAUUUCUAAAGCAGAAGAGUGUAUGAUUUGAAUAUAUGUCAGAAUUUAUACAGAAGAAUGUUAUUUAAAAUGAAUAAAAAUAAAUGUAUAUAAUUUGUA